AUGUCUCAUCUUCGCUACUACAACUACGCCGGGGUCGGAGAGCAGAAUAAGGCAACCUUCGGAUAUAGUCAAGCCGUGCGCGUGGGAGAUAGGAUCGAGAUUGCCGGCCAGGGUGGCUGGAGGCCCGAAGGCCCCUUGGGCGACAUGUCGAGCGACAUCAACGAGCAGAUCGACCAGGCAUUCGCGAACGUGGACCUGACGCUGCGGACGGCGGGCGGGCAGGGCUGGUCACAGGUCUUCCGCAUCAACUCGUACCACCUGCCGCUGACCGACGAGGCUAUGGGCGCCAUGGUCCGCAACUUCCGCAAGUGGAUGCCCGACCAUCAGCCACUCUGGACGACUAUCGGGGUUAGUAGGCUGGGUCAUGAUAGCAUGCGUGUUGAGAUUGAGGUUGUCGCGCAUGAUCCUGAGGGUGCGAAGAAGGCUGAGGGGGGGAAGUAG